AUGGUCAAGCUCACAGCAUGCCUGCUGCUACUUGUAGCUGCAGUACAAGCAAAACUUCCGGUCACUCCAAUCAGCCAGCUUCGUGCUCAGGCCCAGCGUAACAAUGAACUUGUUGCACGCAGCGAGGAUGUGAAUGCUCAGUUCCCUGCUCAUCAGAUCAAAAUCCCAAUCGACCACUUCCCAAAGAGCCAACGAUAUGAACCUCACACCAUGGAGAAGUUCAACCUGCGAUACUGGUUCGAUGCCAGCCACUACAAGGAGGGUGGCCCAGUGAUUAUUCUGCAUGGUGGAGAGACCGAUGGCGAAGGCCGUAUUCCAUUCCUUCAGAAGGGUAUCCUUGCCCAGCUUGCACAGGCAACGAAUGGUAUCGGUGUUGUGAUGGAGCACCGAUACUAUGGUGGAUCACUUCCAACUCGCGAUUUCUCGAACAAGAGCUUGAGAUUCUUGACAACCGAACAGGCCCUCGCUGAUACUGCUUAUUUCUCGCAGAAUAUCAAGUUCCCUGGCCUUGAAAAAUACAAUCUGACUGCCCCUGGUACUGCUCACAUCGUGUAUGGGGGUUCAUAUGCUGGUGGACAAGUUGCCUUCCUUCGUACUCAGUACCCUGAUGUCUUCUGGGGAGCCAUUUCUUCAUCUGGAGUGACCAAGGCCAUCUAUGACUACUGGCAAUACUUCGAACCCAUCCGCCAGGAAGCUCCUCAGGACUGUGUCCAUGUCACUCAGAACUUUGUUGACAUUGUUGACAACAUCAUUAUUCACGGCAAGAACGCCAACACCACCCAGGAGCUGAAGAACUUGUUUGGACUAGGCCGUCUCCGUGAUGCCGACUUUGCCAAUGCUCUUUCUUCUGGUAUCACUGGAUGGCAAUCCACCAACUGGGACCCUGCCAUCAGUGGCAAGAGCUUCUACAAGUACUGCAGUGACAUCACCAGUGACCGCUAUCUCUACCCGGUGACUGCUGAGCAGAAGGCUUCUGCUAAGCGUAUCAUCGAAGCAGGCGGACACGGUCGUGAGUACCCCGAGAUCCUGCCUCAGCUGCUCAACUUCGUCGGAUGGCUCAACAAGAACACUUUGGCUACAUGCUCCGAGCAGGGCCAGACUGCUGAGGAGUGCUUGAACUCCUAUGAUGAGGAUUUCUACAAGCAAGACAGUGCUGACCAGAGCUGGCGCGCAUGGCCCUGGCAAUACUGCAACGAGUGGGGAUACCUACAGACUGGCAGCGGUACUCCCAAGAACAUCCGCCCUGUCAUCUCCCGACUGAUUGAUCUUCCAUACACCUCCAACAUCUGCAAGCAGGCCUUUGGCAUCACGAAGCCCUCGAACGUCGACCUCGUUAACAAGUACGGUGCUCUUGACAUCGAAUACGACCGUCUCGCUUUUAUUGACGGAGCCUCUGACCCAUGGAAGGAGGCCGGUGUCCACGCUACUGCUGCCAGAAAGCGUAGAACCUCCACUAACAAACCAUAUAUCUUGAUUCCCCAGGCCGUCCAUCACUGGGAUGAAAAUGGACUCUACCCCAACGAGACCACUGCCGAGCUCCCACCACAGAGGAUCAAGGAUGUUCAGGCUGAGGAGGCCCGCUUCGUCAAGGAAUGGAUGAAGGAAUGGAAGCAAAAGCAUUCCCACAGAGCCUAG